GGAGCGGGUUGUUCUAGACGGGAGUGGAGUACCAGCGCAGCUGCCUUUCUGUAGCUGGGCAUCACGGUGAUCCGGUAAUACAGCUGUUUUUCCUCUUUCGGCCAACAUCCAGCAAAUGGUCCAGUUCUGCAUCUCAGCAGGGCAUGAAAGCUGAAUUUAGUUUCAAUUACAUUUUGGACUGAAAGGGGGGUGGGUGGGGGGCUGGGGUAAAGGAGAGAGUUUUUUUUCCCCAGGAUAUUAUUUGGAGCUAUGCCAGUUCCAGACCAGCCUUCUGCCUCUGAAAAGACCACCAUGCUAAGCCCUGUACUUAAUGCCUCCAAUGGGGAUGGGUCUGAGACUGAGACAACUUCUGCAAUCCUGGCUUCUGUUAAAGAACAGGAGCUACAAUUUGAGAGAUUGACUCGAGAAUUAGAGGCCGAACGACAGAUUGUUGCCAGCCAAUUGGAGCGAUGCAAGCUUGGAUCUGAGACUGGCAGCAUGAGCAGCAUUAGUUCAACAGAAGAGCCAUUUCGAUGGAACACCCAAGAUGGUCAGAAGGAUAUUGAGGAUGAGCUCACUACUGGCCUGGAGCUAGUGGACUCCUGCAUAAGGUCCCUCCAAGAGUCGGGGAUACUUGACCCUCAGGACUAUUCUUCUAGUGAAAGACCGAGUCUCCUUUCCCAGAGUGCAAUGCAACUCAAUUCCAAUCCAGAAGGGUCUUUCCAGUACACAGCCAGCUAUCAUAGUAACCAGACCCUUGCCCUGAGCGAUUCAUCAGCAUCGCAGUUCCCUACACGCAGUGGUCAAGUUGGAGGUGCAGUUCAGAGCUACAACCAGGUCACAUCCAGUCGUGCAGCCCAUUUAGCUGGAUCUGAUCCUUCUCAGUCCCAGUCGAGAGAGUCCUUUGUGCCAAGCCAUGGGAGUGCCUUCCACUUGCCUGACUCUCAGCAUACCUCCACUUACUACUCCAGCUCCACCCUGCCAGCACAGCGUGUGAGCUCUCCGCUGUCCAUGCAUCAGGUAGGAUCUAACAAGCUUCAGCGUGUGGGCUCGACCUCAGAGAACUCUGGCUACUGCACCACCCAGCGGGUCUCGUCUCCCAAGCAGUCCCCGAGCCGACUGGCCAAGUCCUACAGCACCAGCUCUCCCAUUAACCUUGUGGUGUCUUCAUCUGGGCUCUCCUCCUCUCCCAUCCGGGUCGCCUCACCACCAGGUGUCCAGGCCGGCCUGUCCUGUUCCUCGCCAAUUCACCAGAUCAGCUCCACAGUGGGCAAUUACGCCACGCUGUCCCCAACGAAGCGGCUGUUGCACACCUCUGAUCAGUACAAGCACUCCCAUGACCUGUAUGCCACUGCCACGCUGCAGAGACCUGGCAGUCUAGCAGGAUCCCGGGGGUCAUAUAGCAGCCAGCAUAGCCACCUGGGCUCUGAGCUUCGCACUCUGCAGUCGCCAGAGCAUCAUAUUGACCCCAUCUAUGAGGACAGAGUCUACCAGAAGCCCCCUAUGAGGAGUCUCAGUCAAAGUCAAGGGGAUCCGCUGCAGCCCGGGCACACUGGCACUUAUCGCACCAGUACAGACCUAGUAAACCAGUUCUGUGAACAAGUCCUGAAUGUUCUGCUUUGUCCCUACUUUCCUGUCGUAGCCCCAUCUUCCCCUGGUGUUGACUCCGUACCCUUGCAGCGCACAGGCAGCCAGCAAGGUCCCCAGAACGCCAUGGGCACUUAUCAGAGAGCCAGCUAUGCAGCAGGCCCGGCCUCCAAUUACGCAGACCCUUACCGCACUCUUCAGUACUGUCCUUCUGUGGAUUCACCAUACAGCAAAUCUGGGCCAGCCAUCCCACCGGAGGGGACCUUGGCAAGGUCACCUUCCAUUGACAGCAUUCAAAAGGAUCCCAGGUACAGCCGUGAAUUCCUUGUCUGGAAUCAAAAUCAAGCCGAGCAAAGAAUCACAAAGGAGUUUGGAUGGCGAGACCCAGAGCUUCCUGAAGUUAUCCAGAUGCUGCAGCAUCAGUUUCCAUCGGUGCAGUCUAACGCUGCAGCCUACUUACAGCAUCUCUGCUUCGGAGACAACAACAUUAAAUCAGAGAUAAGGAGACAAGGUGGCGUCCAGCUUCUGGUGGAUCUCCUUGAUCAUCGAAUGUCAGAGGUGCACAGAAGUGCUUGUGGAGCGUUGAGAAACCUGGUGUAUGGAAAGGCAAAUGAUGACAACAAGAUUGCCUUGAAAAACUGUGGGGGGAUCCCUGCACUGGUCCGGCUGCUGCGCAAGACCUCAGAUCUGGAGAUAAGAGAGUUGGUCACAGGGGUACUCUGGAACUUAUCCUCAUGUGAUGCACUGAAGAUGCCAAUCAUCCAGGAUGCCCUUGUUGUACUGACAAAUGCUGUGAUAAUCCCCCACUCUGGCUGGGACACCACUCCACACCAGGAGGAUCGCAAACUGCAGCUCCAUUCAUCACAGGUGCUGCGCAACGCCACAGGGUGCUUGAGGAACGUCAGUUCUGCAGGAGAAGAGGCACGCAGGAGAAUGAGGGAGUGUGAUGGACUCACUGAUGCAUUGCUAUACGUGAUUCAGUCUGCUCUUGGGAGCAGCGAGAUUGAUAGCAAGACCAUUGAAAACUGUGUCUGUAUCUUGAGGAACCUCUCAUAUCGGCUAGCUGCGGAAACAUCUCAGGGACAGCAGAUGGGGACGGAUGAGCUUGAUGGAUUGCUUUGUGGGGAUGCCAAUGGCAAGGACACUGAGAGCUCGGGCUGCUGGGGAAAGAAGAAGAAGAAGAAGAAGUCCCAAGAUCAGUGGGACGGUGUUCUCCCAGAGUCUGCGGACCCUCCAAAAGGGAUCCAGAUGUUGUGGCACCCUUCAAUAGUCAAACCCUACCUCACUCUUUUGUCAGAGUGCUCCAAUCCUGACACAUUGGAAGGGGCAGCAGGAGCUUUACAGAAUCUGGCAGCAGGAAGCUGGAAGUGGUCUGUGUAUAUCAGAGCAGCGGUCCGAAAGGAGAAAGGUCUGCCUAUCCUGGUAGAGUUGCUACGAAUAGACAAUGAUCGGGUGGUGUGUGCAGUUGCUACAGCUCUAAGAAAUAUGGCCUUAGAUGUGCGAAAUAAAGAACUUAUAGGCAAGUACGCUAUGCGUGACCUGGUCCAUCGUCUACCUGGAGGAAACAACAGCAGCGGCAACAGCACAGCCAACAAGACCAUGUCGGACGACACCGUAACUGCCAUCUGCUGUGCUCUGCAUGAGGUCAUAACUAAAAACAUGGAAAACGCCAAGGCCUUACGAGAUGCAGGUGGAAUUGAGAAGCUAAUCGGCAUUGCAAGAAGCAAAGGAGACAAGCACUCACCAAAGGUGGUGAAAGCAGCAUCUCAGGUCCUCAGCAGCAUGUGGCAAUACAGGGAUCUGCGUAGCCUCUACAAGAAGGAUGGAUAUUCACAAUAUCAUUUUGUUGGCUCUUCUUCUACAAUAGAGAGGGACAGGCAGAGACCAUACUCCUCCUCCCGCACACCUUCUAUCUCCCCAGUCAGAACAUCUCCCAACAAUCGUUCAGCAAGUGCCCCAGCCUCCCCUCGAGAGAUGAUCAGCCUCAAGGAAAGGAAGACAGACUACGAGUCGACUGGAACAAAUGCAAGUUACCAUGGUAACAAAGGAGAGCACACUUCCAGGAAAGACACCAUGGCAGUUCAAGUCUCAAGUGGAACAUCAACAUUGUUCCGGAAUUCUUAUGUUAACCCAAGUGAAGAAAUCAAACACAACCAGCCUCUCCCUCAAGACAGCGCCAGGAAAGACUAUGAGACAUAUCCGCCGUUUCAGAACUCCACCAGAAACUACGAAGACUCAUUCUUUGAGGAUCAAGUGCAUCACCGCCCUCCGCCCGCCACUGACUACAGUAUGCAUCUGGGACUGAAGUCAACCGGCAACUAUGUGGACUUCUAUUCAGCUGCUCGUCCCUACAGCGAACUAAACUAUGAAACGAGCCACUAUCCAGCCUCUCCAGACUCCUGGGUUUAGGACACACGUCCGCAAGCAAAAGACCACAGGAGGACCGUGCAUGUGCAUGCAUACCACAAGACAUUUUUCUGCAAGUUUAGUUUGUCAAAGCUUGAUCCAUAGAAAGGCUCCUUUUAACAAAUCUGAGGAGAUGAAAAAGGAAGAUAUAGUGGGUAAACCGUAAAGAAAAAAAGAAUAAAUGAAAGAUGACAGAGGGUGCUAAUUUAGUGGGAAGUGAAAACCUUGACCUUUGAGUCAAGACAUAAAUAUUGUUGUGGGUAGCUAGAAUGUUGAAGAUGGCAAGAGAGUAAACAGAUGGGACUCUAGAAAGAUAAGUAUGUCAAGCACAAGAAAAUGAACUGUUUACACAAGCUAUGGGGACGGCUUUUCACAUUUUGUUGGUUAUCUUUACUUCAUUGUGAAUCAACGCUUCAACUUGCAUUUUGAAGUUUCUUGUGUUCGGGAAGAUACUUUUAGCCUUUUCUCUAAUUUUACUUUUUUUGCUUUGUUAAUGCUUCAUUGUAAAGUAUUUGAUGUACAUUACAGAGAUGCAAGUGCAUUGUGUAUAUUACACUGAUGCCACUGUCCAGUCAUCAGUGGCUUAAAUAUUGUUUCUGUUUCUGUUUAAAAAAAAAAAAAAAGAAAGAAAUUGGAAAGAUGUAUGAAUUAACAACCUUUCCUUUCCUAAGAAAAGUAUGUUUUAACAGCUAUUUAGCAGUAUUGUUCGUUCUGAUAAUGUGAAUUUGUUUGUGGCAAUUAAACAGACGUUUUAAGCAGUUCCAGGCAGUUAACAGAACAUCAUUCCCUCUCCUUGUCAAUUAAGUGCUUUUUCACUGCCUAAACUUUUAGAUGUAGAUAUUUGAAAUCGAUUUUUUUUUCACUUAUACCAAGUUUUUCUUUAUGAUGAUACAGUGUUAAAAGAUAAUAAAUUCAAAUUUGUUUGUCAUCCAUAAUUGCAUAAAACCUGUUCCACUAGUAUCUCAGCUGUUUGUGCUUAUAUAAAAGAGGAGGAUUAAAAUGUGCCAAACUAUGUUAUCACUAGUGCCAGCCUGGAGAUAAUUAAGAAUUGUAGUUGAAGUUUACAUUCGAUGGCUAGUUAUUUGUUCUCUUGAUGACAGUUUGUAAAUGCUUUUUUUUCUAAAUGUGUUUUAAUGGAAUUCAGCUAUAUCUAGAGCGUACUGGACUAUAACCAGGAGGGCAAAAUCUUUGAGAGCUUAUUUUCCUCCAAAGAUGUAUAAUUCUGUCUCUCAAGUAAUGUUAGUUGGGUGUGUGUUCUCAGUGGGAACCAUGUUUUUUAAGCAAGAGACAUUCUUUUGUUUCAAUUUACAUUUAAAAAAAAAAGAAUCAGAAAUCAUCCUAGAGCAAAAUGUUAACAGAGAAUGAUAUAUAUAUAUAAUUAUGUGCAAAUGCCAGUGUCACUAAAAGCAACAAACCCUUGUAAAAUAGAAUUCACAUUCAUGUUAUGAUCCCAACAGACACUUAAAGAUGUUGACCUCCUGUUCUGAAUUAUUAUGUUGCUUCCAAGUAUAGAUAACAAAAAAACAAACAAAAAAAAAAAACAACUUCUGGAAUUUGGGUGAUGUUCAGAUGCCUGGGAAAUAAAUUACUCUGUAAAUCUUCAGAGUUGUUUAGCAUAUUCUCAUAUUGGCACACACAUGGGUUCACAACAAAGAAAGCUCACAGACUGUAAACUGACACAUGAUACCUGAUUUUCUGUACUGUGAAAUGCUGUGAGGGCAUAAAUGUCUGUUUCUACAAACUAGGUGGUGCAAAAUCUGGAGACUUAACCAACAUGAAACAAUGUGGAUGUUUUCCAACUGCUAAAUUAUACGUCCCCUCUUAUGACACACUGGUUGAUAUGUUCAUUUGAGGUCAUUUUUGAAGGUUGUAAUGAAUGUCCCAUAAACUUAAAAAAAUAGUGUUCCUAUUUAUGAAGGUCUUUUUAUCUUAGUAGACCCAUUUUGGACCUAUCAGGUCUAUAGGUAUUUCUUGUAAGAUGUUAUUAGAGUAAGAUAAAACAUAAUUUGGGAACAUAUUUAUAUAUAUAUAUAUAUAUAUAUAUAUAUAUAAUCAUUUAUUACCUCCUUGAUGAAAGUCUGUUUGACUCACAGUGACCUUAUGCAACCCUUCUAAAAGUUCACCACAGUCAAUUUGCAUUACUGCGCUCUUAACAUGUAUUUAUGGUGCUUUACCAUGGUUAACAAUGUUUUUUACAACACUUUUAUUGUGGUUUAGUUCUCUUUCCUAUGCAUUUACCAUUGUGCUGGACAAGCUAUAGCCAAAAGUUUUGCAUCACCUAGACUUUUAGGAUUGAGACAUAACUAAAAAAAAAAAACUGUAUGAACAUAAUCUAGAUCUGUUAUUUCACAUUGUGUAAUCAGAGAAACUACACAAUGAUAUCGGAAGCUAUAAUAGUAGUAAGGUAUUUCAUGUUAGAUUUUUAUUUUUCAAUUUUGUCAGUGUUUCGUUAAGUAUAUGGAAAACUACAAAGCGGUAUGUAAUUCAAUAUGUUAACUUAACAUUAUUCAGCAGGUUUCAUUCGACUUUAUGAAGCAAAAUUAGAUCAUUCUAUAGGGUGGUGCAAAACUUUUGGCCAUAGCUGGGUAUCGCAGUAAAAAAAAAUGUUUUUAAAGGGAAGCACAGUUACUUGGGGCAUGUAAAUAAACUAGAAUAUCAACCUUUCUUCUAAAGUCAUAUAAUAGUAUAAAAAUAGACACAAGUAGUUAUUUUUAGUGUAAAAUAAACCAUGAUUGUGGGACACUGCAGCUUUAACGUUGUACUAUUUAAAAAAAUAUAUAUACAUAUAUAUCUGGGUGCUCUGUGAUGAUAGUUUGCCCAAAAUUCAAAUAGAAUAACUUGAAAACAUUGGCCCUCAGCUCUAACGUCUAUGGGCUUAUACUUAAUUUCACUCUUUUCCUGGGGUAAAAGCGUUCAUAACUUCAUGGAAUAAACAGAUUGAAUGUGGA